CUGCUGCUCCUGCAAAGCCAAGGUGGAGAAGGGAGGACGCUGGUGGGAGCAAGGACCAGCCUGGCUCCCCUUCCAGAGCCACUGAAGCCGGAUCCUGCUGCUAUCUUGGUGUACAGGAUACAAUGAACAAGAUGAAAAAUUUUAAGCGGCGUUUUUCUCUUUCGGUUCCCCGGACGGAGACUAUCGAGGAAUCACUGGCAGAGUUUACAGAGCAGUUCAAUCAGCUCAACAACAGAAAGAAUGAAGAUAUUGCACAAGGACAUCUGCAUCUGGGUCAUCUGAACAGGGAUAUCAGGACACAGACCAGUUCUGUUUCACCUUUGGAAGGCCAGUCCCCAAUGGCAGUACAUUACCGAAAUGGCAAUCAACGGCGAUUUUCUAUGGAGGAUGUCAGCAAGCGCCUCUCUCUGCCCAUGGAUAUUCGCCUACCCCCACAGUUCCUCCAGAAGCUAGAGAUGGAAAGUCCAGAGAUUUCCAAGCCUCUUAGCAGGAUGUCUCGUCGGGCAUCACUUUCAGACAUUGGAUUUGGGAAGAUGGAAACCUAUGUUAAACUGGAGAAGCUGGGGGAGGGCACCUAUGCCACUGUCUUUAAAGGGCGCAGUAAGCUCACCAAGAACCUGGUUGCUCUGAAGGAGAUCCGGUUGGAACAUGAAGAAGGAGCCCCUUGCACAGCUAUACGAGAAGUUUCUUUACUGAAGAAUCUGAAGCACGCAAAUAUUGUGACCCUCCAUGACAUCAUCCACACAAAAUGCUCCCUCACUCUUGUUUUUGAGUAUCUGGAUGGUGACCUGAAGCAGUACCUGGAUAACUGUGGAAAUCUGAUGAGCAUGCACAAUGUGAAGAUUUUCAUGUUCCAGUUGCUUCGUGGGUUGUCCUAUUGCCACCAGCUUAAGAUCCUACACAGGGAUCUGAAGCCACAAAAUUUGCUUAUUAAUGGGAAAGGUGAACUGAAACUCGCCGACUUUGGUCUAGCCAGAGCCAAGUCUGUCCCUACAAAAACAUUUUCCAAUGAAGUGGUCACUUUGUGGUAUCGGCCUCCUGAUGUUCUUCUGGGAUCUACAGAGUACUCCACUCCCAUCGACAUGUGGGGUGUGGGUUGCAUACACUAUGAAAUGAUCACAGGACGUCCCAUGUUCCCAGGAUCUACUGUGAAAGAGGAACUACAUUUAAUAUUCAAAAUGUUGGGCACUCCUGCAGAAGAAACCUGGCCUGGCAUCACAUCCAAUGAGGAAUUCAGAACAUAUAAUUUUACACAGCAUCGUGCCCAGCCCUUGAUAAAUCAUGUGCCAAGACUGGAUACAGAAGGGAUCGACCUAUUGAUGAAUCUCCUUCUGUAUGAAGCCAAACAACGCAUUUCUGCUGAAGCAGCUUUGAGACACCCGUACUUCAUGGCCCUCGGUGAACGAGUGCACCUCCUUCCUGAGACUGCCUCCAUCUUUUCUCUCAAGGAAAUACAGCUUCAAAAGGACCCAGGUUACAGAGGUUCAAGCUUCCACCACUCAGCUCGAGGAAAAAACCGGAGACAAAGCAUAUUUUAAACUCAGUUUACUUGUUCAGUGUAUCAUUGGGAAAAUCAAAAGCACUGAAGGGGAAAGGACCAUAAAGAGCCCCUGGAGUUUAUCCGCACAAUGAUGAUGGCUGGUACACACAGUACAGGAUCUGCUUCCCAGUCUGAGGUCACUGUAUGGCUCCUUUGCAGAAUUUCACAUCUUUAAUGAGUUCUAAAUCAGAAAUGACCUGGUGCUUAGUCCAGCCUCCUUUUCUUCAUAUGGUAAUCAGUAUGGGCAAGGAUCUUCAUCAAGCAAUCAACUACCAGAAGUGUGGUCCUGCAACAUGGACAUGUGCUAGCCACUGCUUUAGAAGGAAGUAAAAUGGAGGCAGCAAUCAAGGAUUUCACUGCAAAAUCAAGACUUGCUUUGCUUCUUAGAUGUCCUGCCAUGACAGAUGUGCUGAAUUCCUUUGUUUGUUUUCCCCAUCAUGAGAUGACUCCUAGGACAACAUGCAGACAUGAUGGGCAUGAUAUUAACAGCAGGAAACCUCUUUGAUCCACUCUUAUGCUGGGUUUUCUGCCUUUGAACUGAAAAGGAAACUUUAUGUUUUAAUUAAGGGCCAAAAAGGCAUCUGUUAUAUGAGUUUCCUGUGCUCUUUUUGUCAAGAAUGAAUCUCAGUUCUGAAGGUAUAAGCAUUUAGGAAAGUGGAUAGAGUGGGGAGGCCUUUUGCUGGAUUUUCUUGACACUCCUAAUGUUUGUUUUCUAACUCAUGCUGCUAUACAAGGAACUCCAGGUUUAGGCUUUCUCACAGGUAGGUUUCAGACUGCAGACCAUGAUCUGCAUCAAGUAUUCAUUGGAUUUAUACCCAGUACUUCUUAGAAUCUCUUUCCAAGAAUCAUUCAACAAAAAUCUCCCACUAAACAAAUAGAUGCACUUUCUCUACAAAAGAUAAUUCACAUCCUAGUAAUUCAAGAACUACAGAAACUACCUGAAUGUUUAUGAAAUCCUGGUGAAAGGUGAAAGCUCAAGCCUUUCUUCCAUCUGAAAUUCCAUAGUCUUGUAGUGAAUUCUCCCUUUGUCUCUGGUGCAAAGAUGCGACUGUCCUUUCAUUUCUUCCCUAUAAUACUAUGGAAAGACAUUUCAUAAUAUUCAGAAAAUCCUGAAUAUGCAUGCACUUACUGAUUAUCCCUCUCUCACUGUCUGUGUCUCUCUCACUCACACAUACACAGAGUAAACCUAUCCAUGUUUACUCAGAAGUAAGCAUCAUAAUGUUAAUAGGGCUUACUCUCAGGUAAAUGUGCCCAGGAUAAAAAACCAAUGACAUCAAUAAAAAUUAAGUGAGCUCUUAGGCUUUCAGAAAAGCAAGAUGUUGAAAAGUUAGAUAGUUAAGUAGGUAGAUAGCAAAUAAAAAUAAUUUGUGUAUUUUAAUUUUUUUUAUUAUUCAGCCUAGUCAAGCAGUGUCUCAAACGGUCAUUUUUGGAAAGUGAGAUAGAUAUAUAUAUAGAUAUAUAGAUAUUUUAAGGAAUCAGGUUUGGUCACUUUUCUUUUAGUUCUGUUUGUCUGUUUUUAUUCCAUUUGUCACUAACUGCCAGGCAAAUGUUGAAUCAGAAAUUUUGGCUGCUUCAAUCGGGACAGCUUCGAACAUUACCAAGAAAAAGUCACUGUGCAGCUAUUCCAUCUUUUUCUCCUUAACAGAUUUCCUGCAGUAUGAAAAGGAGGGUAGAAGCAGUUGGAAAACAUGGGAGAAUCGCAAUAGGAAGGCAAUGUUGUCAGGACUCUGCAGAAAACUCCAUGAAUGAGGCAGGAUUUCCUCUGGAAGUAUAACAGAGAAUUAACACAUUCUUGGUUUAGAUACGUUUGCUUGUCCUGAUUAAAUCACUCAUUCUUACAGCUUCCAGAAAAAAACAUGGCCUGUCAGUACCUCAUGUUUGACAGCUGUUAAAUGGAGAGAUUUAGAUGAGUGGGAUUUCUACUACUGGCACAAUAACCAUGCAAGGUCUGUUCAUAGCAGCAUAUGAAGUUCACUUUACUUUAGCUAGCAGAUUCCAAAAGGAACACUAAAUGAUGUCUGUAUCUGUGAACUCCAGGCCAGGCAGAUUUUGAGAGCAGGGAGCUGGGGACAUACUGACCUUUAAGUUUCAAAAUGCAUUGCCUAGAUGAACAGUAUUCCACUUUUUUAAAAAAAAACAGGGAACUUGGAACUAGGAAAGAUUUAACCUACAUAUUGCAGGAAUUUCCUUACUAAGGUACCAGCUCUACACAUAGACAGAUGGACCACAUCAAUCAUGUAUGAGCAAGCCUUUAAAAUAAUCUAAAAAUGUGCAGUGAAUUGAUUGGCUAAGUCAAAUCAACAUGUGAAAUUCAACUCCUUCUCUCCUGCUUCAUUUUCGCUCAUCUUGUCCCUUCACAUUUCCUAUUUUAGGGGGGCAAUAGCAGCUACAGUUAACUUAAAUUAGAUGAGAAAUUUUCUUUUCUCUUCAGUUUUUAUACAUUGAGCAAUCCCAUCUAGGACUAGACAAGUGGUUCUUAACUUUUUCUUGGCUCACUUUUUGAGUAUCCUUUGAGGUGUCUUUGAUGAUCUGAUGGAAGCUAUGGGCCCCUUUCCCAGUAAAAGGACUUAAAUUAAAACAAAAUUUUCCAAGUAACAAGAAGGAAAUUGAAGGGGGGGUUAAAAUUUUGCACCCAGUCCAUAGAGCUCCUGGUACCCAUUUAUGGAUCCACUAGGGACCAGACAGAGGAAACUCUGCCUAGCAAUCCUGUUACCUUUUGGACCCACAGACUGGAUCUUUAGAAGUUCCCCACCCUGCCCAUGUCUUUCCUGUCAAUAUUGCACAAUCCCGCCUUUUAUGUUUUGUGAGAAGUUUUACCCUAGCACUUUUUUUCUUUAUUCCUCCUGUCUUCAGCACCAUGUCACAAAUGCCCAUCAUUUUCUCAGGUCACUACUUUUCAGUCCACUUCCUUAGUCCCAUUUCUUUAGCCAUCCUGUCAUUGGCCAGCUUACUUGCAUGCCACACAACAGAACACACAUCCACCCUAGUAGUGAGCACUAUGAUGAUUCUUCAGAGUCUUCUGUAUAAACCACCAUGUUUCUUUCUCUCUUUUUCCUGAAGUCUUCAUGUUUCCGUCCUUUGAACUCCUCUUUCUCAGUCCCCUAACUACUUUGCCUCUGAGUCCCUUGCCACUUAGCUUUUGCUAAGGCCAAGCUUAACCUUGUUCCACAAAACUCUUCGUAUCUCUGUAAACAAAAUCAUAAUUACCACUAAUAACUAGCUUUAAGUUGUCUAGUGCCUACCAUUUUGGAAGAAAUUAGGUCAUUCCAAAAUGAAGUUUUGACCUCUGAAUACUCAUGGGCCACUAUAGGUAUGCAAAAGUAUUUCAGUCUGAAAAUUAAAAAGAAAAAAAACCCUGAUCAGCUGGAUCUAAUUUAUUUAAUUCCGGGCUGCAGAGGCAUGGGAUGUUAAAUAUAUUGGUUAAUAAUCUGAUUGGACUAGAGUUAUGGGAAAUGCAUGCCAUGAGAGUAGUAGGAAAAACUCUCCAUAUUCUAAAUGAAGAGGUUUUAAGAGGAAGAACUACAGGG